CCAUUUCCUAAAACCACCAAAAUUCACAGCCAAUUAUCUUCCUCACUAAUUUAACCACUCAACCCACCAAAUACUAUCUACAAAGACGUCGCGAGACUCAAAUAUCAAACUUCACAGAUAAAAACAACAAUGUCUUUCAAGAAUCGAUCACCGCCGAGUCCUCAGCCGCAACGGCAACCGCAACCAAAGGAUUUCAAACAGCGGGUUAUUACUUGCCUUAACAAACUCGCCGACCGCGACACUCUCGCCCUCGCUUCCGCUGAGCUCGACUCCAUCGCUCGGAGCGUAACCGUCGAUUCCAUCACUCCGUUCCUUGACUGCCUCCAUAAUACGGACUCUUCGUCCAAGUCUCCUGUUCGGAGGCAAUGCGUAAGCCUUUUGACUUUGAUGUCUCAUUCGCACGGUAACACUCUGUCUCCUCACCUUUCGAAGAUGGUUUCUACCAUUGCCCGCCGCGUCCGCGACCCCGACUCCGCCGUCCGUUCCGCCUGUGUAGAGGCAACCACUGCAAUGUCGUCUCACAUCACGAAACCUCCGUUUUCGGUUUUGUCGAAGCCUUUGAUCGAAAUGCUCAUGGUGGAUCAAGAUGUGAACUCGCAGAUCGGAGCCGCUAUGUGUUUGGCGGCGGCGAUCGAGGCGGCGCCGGAUCCUGAGACGGAGCAACUUAGGAAGAUGUUGCCAAAGUUAGGGAAGUUAGUGAGAAACGAAAGUUUCAAGGCGAAAGCGGCGGUGUUUGGAGUUAUCGGAAGCGUCGCUAGUGUUGGUGGUGCCGGAAGUAAAGGAGUUUUGGAUUGGUUAGUGCCCUGCGUGGUGGGGUCUUUGAGUAGCGAAGAUUGGGGAACGAGAAAGGCGGCGGCGGAGGCUUUAGGGAAAGUGGCUAUGGCGGAGAAACAGCUGGCAAUGGAGUAUAAAGCGGAGUGUGUGACGGCUCUUGGAAAUAAGAGAUUUGAUAAGGUAAAGAUUGUCCGAGAAACUAUGAAUCGUAGUUUGGAUUUGUGGAAGGAACUUCCUGGAGUUUGUGAGGAGGCCUCAGCUCCUUCUCAGCUCAAGUCAUCUUCGAUAGAUAAUGGAAGCGUUGGAUGCUUUUCUUCAGUUGCAAAAAGUGUCAAUGAUCUUGGUUUUAGAACUCCCCAAUCAAAGAAAGUAGUUCCCACGAGCAGGUCCCCUCCGCCUGAUGCUUCCACCAUGCCCACUGCCAAGAAAGAGACUCCCCUGAAGAGUGAUAAUAGGAAUGGGAACACAUCCAUUUUUGGUAGGCUGAACCGCUCAAAACCCUUUCACUGGAAGAUUGAUACCGCUGAGCCAAAGAAUCUGUUUUCUGGGGCCUCUGGUGAUGAUCAUGUCAAAAAGAGUAACCUUGGAGACCUGGAAGCAAGAGAAACUGGGGACAGUGGAAAUUUUAGGCCAGAAACAGAACGUGUAUUCUUUGGCAAGGUCAGUGAUGAAAAAGUGCAGAAAUUUGGUGGUUUGAGAUCUGGGUCUCAGGUGGUUCCUUUUCAUGAUGAGGAGAAUUUAGAUGUUUAUGACAAAAAUGCAGCUCUAGGAGUUGAUGAGAACCCCAAAGCCAUUGAGGAUCUGUCUUUGAUCCGGGAACAACUUGCUCAGAUUGAAGGCCAGCAAUCCAAUCUGUUAAACCUCCUCCAGAAUUUCAUUGGGAGCUCCCAAAAUGGUUUCAUAUCUCUAGAAACACGUGUAAAUGGCCUGGAGAUGGCUCUGAAUGAAAUAUCUUAUGAUUUGGAUGUUUCAAGUGGUAGGAUUCUAAACAUGGAUUCUGCAGAUAACACAUGUUGCAAGCUGCCUGGUGCAGAAUUUUUGAGUCCCAAGUUCUGGAGGAAAACUGAAGGCCGGUUUUCUACUUCAAGGUUAUCUUCUUCUGGGUGCAUGCCUUCCCUAAAUGCAGUACGUAACACAACUGAUAAUGAUUCUGGUGGUGAAUCUUAUAAGCCAGCAGUCAGCCAAAGAUAUCAGCGUCAAGGUUGGGGUGGAUUUGUUUUGAACCCAGUGGCUGACUCUGGCAGUGGCAUGAGAGAGAAUUCAGGAUUCUCAAAUAGAACAUCAAGGGAUACCAUUCAAAAGUGUGAGAGGGCUCAGUUUGGCAAUGCUAGUGGGUUAUGAUGGGACUUCAAUGGUUCGAUGUACAGCACGAACGAGCCUUAGCAGCAGAUCCGCUGCUUAACUUAAAUGGAAGUUGGGCUGUUUGAAUUACCAGCAGACAAGCGCCUUGGACAAUCAAUCAAGCAUGAAGAUGAAAUGAUACGGCAAGUCGUAGAUCAAAUUAUGAUGCAGAGGUGCUGCCGUUUGGCUUCUUACACGAGAUUGUAGGUUUUCCUUUUAAAUUCAUUAGGAAUAUUAUUAAUCGCAAUACCAGAGCAUGGCUCUGCAUAUACGAUGUAUUCAACAGAAUCCUUGCCCCAUCACAAUUUUUUUUUUUUUUUCAAUAGAGGGCCCCAUCUACGUACAGAGUCUUUCUGCAUCUCUUUUCCGCAUUUCAUUGUCAGUUCCUCUGUGUUAUUUAAUUUUUCAAUCUCAUGCGAUGUAUUUUUCAUCCAGAAAAAAAACAGAUAUCACUGAGAUAUGUUUCUAUGCUGUGUCUAAAACUGUUUUCUGUUUAAGUAGAGAACUGCUAUGUUAGGUCUUACC